GUAGUGCGGCGUCGCCUCGACUCUGUUCGCGCAGUCACAACUCGUUCGACCGUCGAACUGAACGCUUCCGCUUUGUGGAAAACGGGAAUACGAACGUGUCGAAGUUGACGUGCGCGCCUUUUCAUCGUUUUACUGUCAUUAUUCGGAGAAAUCUUUUGUUCGUAGUUUUUGAAUCGACAGGGUGCACGUGUUUGCAGGAAUUUGCGCGACAUCUCAUUUCGUUAGUUCACGGUGGACGGUGUUCUCCCGCGGAAACAAGAACCAUGCGAUUUUCCUGGAUGUUCGUAGCCACGGUGCUGCUAGUUCUACUCACCGAGGCAAGGUGUAAGCGAAAAUUUGAUGGGGAUUUCGAGUUUGCUGAAGAGGAUGACACGCGCAUAAUGAAAGUGGGAGAUAAGAAGAAAUGGAUACACGACCCAAAUAGUGAACUUUGUCGUCCACUGAAUUGCAAGAAGAAGGAUUUGUGUCUCCUUAAGGAUACAUUCACUGCUGUUUGUGUUUCCAAGAAGGAACUUGAAAAAUCAGGGGACAUAGUAAUCCCGAAAUCCAGGGCGGUUCAGCAGAAUCGACGAAUGAGAACGGAAACUUCGGUCGACACGGAGGACGACGACGCCUUCUUCGAUUCCGAGGACGAUGACGAGGACCAGGACGAGUCCAAAUGUCAAGAGUGCCCCGUGGUUAAGCCGACGUUCCUUUGCGGAAGCGAUAAUCGCACGUACAGCUCCCCAUGCCGGCUGGAAUACCACAAUUGCAUCCACCACACGUCGGUCCGCAUCGCCUGCAAAGGAUUCUGUCCCUGCAAAGCUUCUGAUCUUCGAGCCCACAACAAGAAGAUGCAACUGCAACGACAGAAGGCGCUUUCUGGCAAGAUGCGAAAUCGUGACAUAACGUUGACGCCACACGUUUUUAAUUACGACAAUCAUCAUUACCAAUACUUGAAAUAUUCCAAACGUGCCAAGGCACUGGCUGGAAGCAAGUACGACGACAAGCAUCUGAUGAGCAACGAAGUAAUGGAAAAGACUCCAUCCCCCUUAAAAUCGACGUACAACUCCCAAUCAUCGCGAAACUCUGAUUGCCCUCCGUCAUCCAAACCUGCAAUGGCGAAUCGUCUCCUGGAUUGGUUCUCUGUCGUGAUGGCUGAUUCUAAACACCGUCGCCCUCAUCCUAAACCUAAAGGUCACUUCCCUAUCGGCUGCCAGAGCGAGGUCAGGUGGAUGUUCGGACAUUUGGACAGCGACAACGAUGGCAGACUCUCUCUUUCCGAGUUGUACGGGCUGGAACACGAUCAAAACGAGCCGUGUCUGAAACCGUUCCUCGACGGUUGCGACACGGACAGAGACAUCUUUGUAAGUGGCCCUGAAUGGUGUGGGUGCUUUUCAAAAGCUGAACGCCCCUGUGCAGCUGUACGUAAACGAUCAUCACCCGACGUUGCACCUGCCUGCGAUUCUCGAGGGUAUUAUCGAAGCACCCAGUGCCAUCGUGGUCUAGGACUCUGUUGGUGUGUGGAUCCUCAUGGUGUGGAAUUCGCUGGGACUAGAACACGUGGCAGCAAGCCAGAUUGCGGUAAAUGGGUUCGAAUUAUGUCAACUGGUAAAACGUUCGUUCAAACGAUUAUAAUACUUAUCUGUAACAUUUCAGACACGAUCGUGAACAAGAUCAGCAACGGUGGAUUAAAGACGAAUAGCGUAGAUUUGGACGAUGACGAAGAUGGUGGUACAGAUUCUGCCCAGGAUCUCGAAGGGUCCGCCGAUCAGCCAUUAGACUUUUAGAUUCCUUAGAAUCAGCCAGCAACAACAGAAACGGGAGCAGCAACUUAACGUGAUAUCGAACAGCCGGACGACACGAUUCCUCUUGUAAAGGAGAAUUGAAAACCGUUCUCCCGGUUGUCCACUGAUUUCGAGUAUCGCCGUUGUGAUUGGAGGUGUCUUCAAAUGAAACAGGUCGGCGUAGGCUGCGCGUGAACCUAAAAGUCAGAGGAGCAACGAAACAAGUAUGAGGAUUAACGAGAUGUGACACGAGCAGCGGAUACCCUCUGGCAUCGUGGUUGCACGACUUGAAUAUUAAGUCCUCUUUGUCCAUUGGUCAUGAUCCUUAACCCGAGAAUGAUCAUUUCUAUAACAAUUAAUUUAACAUAUUUUUGUUAAUUGAACUUAAUUUUAUAGAUUGAAUUUAAAUAAUGGAUGUUGUAUAAAUAUUUUUUUUAUUUUUUAUUAUUUUUUUUUUUCUUUUCUUUUGUUCAUAACACAAGUGCCAAACGGGUUAAGAAGCUGCUGAAUCGAAGAAUCGUAGGAUGCUUGUACAGUGCAAUAAUUAAAGGGCUACAUCGUGCAAUAACAAUCUCGUGUGACGCUCUAUUUUAAUCAAACACCAUGCAGGAGAUAUCGAUGUUCAACGCAGUGACAGAAUCGUCCUUAUAAUUUUAAUGAGAUACGUUGUACCCUGUGUGCCUGUCGAGGUACCUCCAUGCACAACUCUAUAAAUAAUAUAAUUAUAUACUAUUUAUGCAUUUACAAACUAGAAGUUUCGCGAGAGAGAGAGAGAAGAGAGAAAGAGAGAGAGAGAAAGAGAGAGAAAAAACAAUGCAAUAGGAGAAGGGAAAGAAGCUCAUCCUCCAUCGGGUAAAAUUCACAUGUCCACUCCACGACGUAUAGAAAUUAUAAUAUCUUUAAAAAAAAAAAAAAAAAAAGAAAUACGAAAAAAGAAAAAGAAAAGAAGAAAAAUGCUCUAUGUAAUUAUGAUUUCUAAUUGCGCUAGAUUAACGAUAUCUCGAAUUAUAAUGUCUAAGCAUAAUAUAUAUAUAUAAAUAUACAUAUAAAUAUAUAUAUAUAUAUAAUACUGUCUAUGACUUACAAUAAUACAGCGGACGAAAACAAGCUGGCUGAGAGAGAAAAUCUGGCAGAUCGUCAGCAGAUGCGAAACACGCGUCUAAUACAAUCUUAGAGAGAUGCACACGCUUGAACACGUAGGAUAUUAAACAGAAAAGUAUUUGCAUAGUCCGAAUCACGAACAUAGAUUUAAUUGAGCUCUCUCGUUAUAAAACACUGAUUCGCUGAUUCUUAACACAAGAAAAUAUACGCCGACAGCAAAUAUAAAUUUCUAUCUCCACGCUUAUUUAUUUUCUUCACGCUAAUUCUUCUUCCACUAGUUUUAUCUUUUUUUUUUUUUUAAUUUUCUUUUCUCUCGUAGCCAUCUUGCGUUGCGAGAUUUAGUGUAAGAUAUAUUGCAUAAAAAAUGACCUAUUUCAUACUCGCUAACUAAAAUCGCAGUUUAAUCACGAUGAGUGAAAUAAAUUACAUACUAUUUUUAAUUAAUAUUCGAUUUUUAAUAUUUAUAAAAUUUUCUACUUUCUUCGAAAAAAUUUAUUUCUUUUUAUUUGUUGUAUUAUUAUUAGUAUUGUAUAAUUUUAUCAUAAUUCAUUGAUCAUAUAUUAAUUUAUUAAAAUCAAGUACAAGUAAUAAAGUAUAUUGUUCAUAUUCAACGAACACGUCGUGAUUUGUCUGCGUUUACUGUAAUUAUAAGUAUUUUUACUUAACAACUUUUACUUAACGAGUGUGUGGUACACCGUAGGUUCUAGAGUAUAACAUAUAAUCCGUAGAAAACUGAUCGGUGUGACUAUGUGAAUAUGCCCUAGUAUUAGACGGCAAUUUACGUAGGAAUAGCCAGUGCAAAUUAUAUGUAUCUCUUGUCUAGAAAGGAGCAAAAAACAUGGAGAUUAUGUUUUUAAACCUAGAUUAUGCUUUAUUUCAUUUUAAUUUGUUUAUGCUCCGAUAUAUUAUUAAUUAGAGAUACAUGUAUUCCGAAUUUAAGUACUUACUUAUAUUCUCAUUAAAAACAACAAGAUUUACUCGAAUCUUUUUUACAAAUACUUGAUCGAUAAUAUUAUAUAUCAAAUAGAAAUUAUCAGUAAAACAUAUUUACACCGAAAGUAAAUUUUUCUGUUUUAUUAUUCUGCAUAAACUGUUUGAGAGUAAAUUUUGCAUUUUAACAAUUAACAUGGUAGGUGGCCGCAUCAUUUUCAGAGAUUUAAAAUAAUAUACAAUAAGAAUUCAUAGAAACUCUCCGUGCCAUUGAACAUUUGGUGUACGGGAACCUCGUCCGCGAUGAAUUAAUUAACGUGUAUACUCUUUGCUACGUUGAGCGCAAUUUAUAUUCCGCCUGAAUUAUUACCGUCGACCUAGAUUAACAAGUAUAUUAACUUCAAACAAACGUAAAUAGUUUUACCAAAAGUCUUGCAUAUUGUAUAUACAUAAUUAUAUACAAUGAAAAAUCAUCGUCUAUGAUCUUCGUACCGUGAUGAUUUUGUAAGGUAUGCACUUGGUCAAAGCGUAAAGAAUUUUUACUUCAUUCCAGAGCUACUAUUAAUAUUUCACCAAAUUGGUAUUGUACAUGUGGCUGUAAGAAUUCUUUAUGAAUAAAGAUUGUUGUAGAAA